UAACCUUACUCGUUGUCAUUGGUUAGUCCCGGAAAGACGAGGCCAGACUUUUGAGCUAGGUUAUCCAGAUUCCAUUCCCUCAGCCUUACGAGCACAUGAGAUUUAUAUCAAAUCGACGAUCGCAUCUUCCAGCUCUUCUUCUACCACAACAAUAAUAAAAAUAUAACAAAAUGUCACACGAUCCGAAUAAUCUCUACAAUUUCAAAAAACCAAAACUCCACGACUCAUCAACAAAAGAAUUAUCCUCGUCCACAAAUCUAGCAUUUAGCUCAACCCUCUCCUCACUCCUCACCUCCAACACGUCCUCAUCAACAACCACUCGCGGACGUCCUCGACCCUCAAAAACCAAAGAAGAUAUCUUCAAAACUCAUAAUAAGGGAGCUAAAAAACGGUCUGCGAAGGAUCUAGAAGGUGACGAAAAUGGAUACACACAAAUACAUAAAACCGGCGAAGGAAUAGAUGAGAAUACACUUCAUCGAAGUAAAAAACGACUUGCUGAAAAAGCAAAAAUAUACUCCCGUCUAAAACGCGGUGAUCAUGAUAAAUUCGACGAAAAUGGAAAUCCAGAAGGAGAAGGACUCGUAGACUUUGAUCGAAAAUGGGUUGAAGAAGGAGAAAAAGAUGACGAAGGAAACUAUAGCGAUGAUUCAUUUGGCGCCGGCGGCGCAGACUCGGACACAGAACUCGUCGAAUACGAAGAUGAAUACGGACGGGUACGUCAAGUGACGAAAUCCGAAGCACGCCGUCUAGAACGUCGCAGAAAUAAACAACUCCUCGGCGCAGAAGAACUAGAGCGUAUGUCCGCUCGCCCAUCAAUGCCAAACCAACUCAUCUACGGCGAUACAAUCCAAUCAGAUGCUUUUACGAGCGCAUUAGAUGUGGAGACGGAAAAUAAGAUGGAAGAGCUGGCGAGGAAAAGAGAUAGGAGUGCGACGCCACCGGAACAGAAACACUAUGAGGCGGAUAAGGAGGUUAGGAGUAAGGGCCAGGGAUUCUAUAGUUUUUCGAAGGAUGAGGCGUUGAGGAAGGAGGAAAUGGAAAAUUUGGAGAAGAUGAGGAGGGAGACGGAAUGGGGAAGGAAGGAACGGGAGGAAGCGAAGGAGAAGAGGAGGAAAGAGGUUGAAGGAAGGAGAAGGGUGCUGGGGGAGAAGAGGGCGAAGAAGCAGGCAGAUGCUUUUCUGGAAGGGUUGGGUGAUGCACCUGGGCCGAUGGAGGAAAAGGAGUGAACCGUUGGGCAAGGUGGAGUUUCAAGAUACCAUACAGAUACUUGGCCAUUUGAUAGGACGAAUGAGCCAUUGAAAACUGAGCACUCCAUUUAGAUAACCACAGAGGCAGGAAGAUAGGAAUUAUGAUACCCAGAGUAGAUUAACAUGUGAUUCACAAAUACUGUAGCUCUCCAAAAACAAAAUU